AUGAGUACCAUGUUUAACAGCAAAAUCAUCGGGCUUGUGAAUGGGACUGCCGCCGGGUGGGGGAACAUGGGCGGAGGAGCCACACAACUCCUGAUGCCGGUGUUGUUUGAAAUCAUCAAGAAGGCAGGCGCGACACCGUUCACGGCUUGGAGGAUAGCAUUUUUUAUACCUGGGUGGCUUAACGUAAUCAUGGGGAUAUUGGUGUUGACUCUUGGCCAAGAUCUCCCCGAUGGUAACCUCGGUGCUCUUCAGAAGAAGGGUGAUGUUGCCAAAGAUAAAUUCGGAAAGAUAUUAUGGUACGCUGCAACCAACUACCGGACAUGGAUUUUUGUGCUUCUCUAUGGCUACUCGAUGGGUGUCGAGUUAACGAUUGAUAACGUGAUUGCAGAAUACUUCUACGACAGAUUUGAUCUAAAGCUUCACCUAGCCGGAAUCAUUGCGGCCAGUUUCGGAAUGGCAAAUCUCUUAGCCCGUCCCUUUGGAGGGUUCACAUCGGAUUACAUGGCGAAACGAUGGGGGAUGCGAGGUCGACUUUGGAACCUAUGGCUCCUCCAAAGUGCCGGCGGUGUUUGUUGCCUCUUCCUCGGCCUAGUGAACUCACUGCCGUUAGCCAUCACUUUUAUGAUCCUCUUUUCCAUCGGAGCACAGGCGGCAUGUGGAGCCACGUUCGGUAUCAUUCCCUUCAUUUCCCGGCGAUCACUGGGAAUCAUCUCGGGGAUGACCGGUGCGGGCGGAAACUUCGGAUCAGGGCUAACCCAAUUGAUAUUCUUUGCAAGUGCAUCAUUCUCGACGGCGAAAGGAUUGUCUUACAUGGGUAUCAUGAUAAUAAUUUGCACAAUUCCGGUGAGUUUUGUUCACUUCCCACAAUGGGGAAGCAUGUUUUUUCCGGCGAGUCAAGACGUGGUCAAAGGUAGCGAAGAGCAUUAUUAUGUUUCAGAGUGGACGGAGGAGGAGAAGCAGAAAGGGAUGCACCAAGCAAGUGUGAGGUUCGCGGAGAACAGCCGUUCGGAGCGUGGUGGGAAGGUGGCGUCGGCGGCAACACCAACGACUAACACCCCCAACCAUGCUUGA